AUGUGCCUUAUUGGAUCAGCUAAUUGUGGACGUUGUUGUUGUUGUAUACCUUUAGGUUUUGUUGGUAUAGUAUCAUCAUUAUUAACAAUUAUUAUUGGGGUCUUUUCAACAUUACAAUUUUCACAAACACCAAAGACUGAAAUUGGAGGUUUAUCUUCAUCGGCAUUAUUUAGUAUUACAACUAUACUUGCAGGCUUAAGUUUUUUAUGUGGUAGUGGAGGGGCUAGUUUUGCAUACUUUAUAAGCCAAUUUUCUGCUAUUGUUAUAAUUUUUGAAUUAAUAUAUCAAUGGUUAUUAUGGGGAUAUGGAUGGUAUAAAGUGGGACAUUUUAAGAUGAAUAUACAACUUGUGUUUAUAUUUACUGGUAUAUGGUUUGCAGCUAUAAUAUUCAAUAUAAUAUCAAUAAGUAUAUUUAGAUCUACAUGGGAAAUAAGGGCCCAAGGUGGAUCUCCUUGGAGAUUGAAAAAUGCACAACAAGUUAGAUUAGAUAAAAUAGAAGAAGUAAUUGGAGUUUAG